ACGGAUCCGGAAGUUCCAGAAUUUUUCAAUUCUCACCGUUUUCAACGAGGACGUUUUAUACCUUUGUUAGUGAAUCCCUAUAAUGUAGGAAACUGUUUAUUAAUAAAAAAAAAGCUCUCGGGGACUUUUAGGAAUGCUUGGUUUUCUGGAAGCUAGUACUAGUAGGAGUGGCCAUAUUUUGAAUGGCAAGGUAUAUGGACUCAUAUAUCCACAUAGCAAACUUAUGACAUGAUGUUGAUAUGGUAACAAGUGACAAUAAACUAAGUGAGGAGGGAUCAGCCAACAAGAAUGCCGAUACAGGCCCCACAGUGGACAGAGUUCCUGAGUUGUCCACUCUGUUACACGUUAUUCGAUGUGAAAAAACAUAGGCCAAUAAGCCUUGGCUGUUCACAUACAUUCUGUAUGAUAUGCCUUGAGAAGCUGAAUCAGUCAAAAUGCCCCUUCGAUCAAGUGGCGAUAUCGCAGCAAUACACAAAGUUCCCCGUAAACUACGGACUGUUACAGCUCGUGGAUGUCCCUGUGCCAACAGACCAGACCUGCCCCCUGGAGGCAAGCUUAGGAAAGGAUAAGAAACAUUAUGCUGCAUCGAGGAAAUCCCUUGAAGAGCUUGCCAUUUACCUGAAACCUCUCUGUUCAAAUGAAUCAGCUAGCUCCACACAGAACUAUUUGAGUCGACCAAUGAUGCGUAAACUUGUCUCAAUGGUUGGCUGCCAAUUGUUUGAAGAGGAGGGCAGGGUGCGUAUCAUGAGGGGGGCGAGGUCUCUAGGAGAGAGGGCAGCUACAGAGUUGAUAUUACAGCAUCAGAGCACACAGCAGCUGUCUUCGAAUUUAUGGGCAGCUGUACGAACCAGAGGUUGUCAGUUUUUGGGUCCAGCAAUGCAAGAAGAAGUACUCAAACUGAUACUACUGGCACUAGAGGAUGGCUCCCCUCUCUCCAGGAAAGUCCUUGUCCAGUUUGUUGUUCAGAAAAUGGAGGUUCAAUACCCACAGGCCUCGAAGACGGCCAUAGGACAUGUUGUUCAGCUGCUAUACAGAGCUUCAUGUUUCAAGGUCACAAAAAGGAACGAAGAGUCCUCGCUGAUGGAGCUAAAGGAAGAGUUCCGAAUAUAUGACAGUUUACGACGAGAGCAUGAUGCUCAGAUUGUGCAGAUCGCGACAGAGGCAGGGUUGAGGAUUGCCCCUGACCAAUGGUCUUCAUUGCUCUAUGGGGAUGCCAUACACAAGUCACAUAUGCAGUCUAUUGUUGAUAAACUUCAGAAUCCAGAGUCAUUCAACCAAAGUGUUGAUGAGCUGAUGAUAGUUUUACAGAGGUCCAAUGACCCUGGAAACUUGACCCGAUUACAUGAGUACUUCAGGCUUCUAGCCAGUGUUGACCCUAGCCCUGAAUCUCCUUCUCCAUCAUGGGAGAACCUUGCAUUUGUGCUGCGGGCAAUCAAGACAAUUAUACAAGGCCUAAUCCCCUUCAUGCAGACUUUGUCGUACAAUAGACGUCAUGAGCCUUCUUCUUCCCAUAAUGCAAAGUACAAAACAAAUUAUUGCCGAGACUAUAUGGCAAAGACAAUGUGCCCAAGAGGAGCUCUUUGUACGUUUGCACACUCCAAAGAGGAAUUGGAAAAGUACCGUGCUAAGAGUCGACGCAUGGGGCCUCGACCACCAGAUGCCGCAACAUAUAACAAGAGGGAGACUCCUGAUAGGUCAAUAUCUGAGGACAGAUUAAAAAGAGAAAGUGCAGAGAGUGAUGUUGAUCAUAUCUCACAUGCUCAAACACCUGUGUCUGAUAUAAAAGCUAAUGCUGCUGCAGGGCCCAGACAUUUAGGAACUAUGGUAGCUACCCCAGCAGUUAGUCAACCCCAAAUCUAUACAGGACCCAAGAUAAGAAUGGCAUCUGUUGAGAGUCAGCAUACGCCUCAACAAGAACAACCCAAUGCUUAUACAUCUGCAGCCAUGGGUAAAAGAAUUGCUGCAACUCAUACGCCAAAUCGUCCUUUACUAGCGCCAACUGAAGGUGUGGUACAUCAACAACGUGUGGGAACAGUCAUUCCCCAGGGAGCAAUGGUAGCCCGUCCACAGGCUGUACAGAUGGUGCCACAGGGUAUGGUUCCAGGUCUUCCCCAAGGGGCAGUUGUACAACCAGGAGCUUUUGAAUUUGCACAACGGCCCCCGACCCAGCAGGUGAUAGUGGAUGCCAAUGGACAGUACACUCAGGGUGACGUUGCAAUGGGUCGGCUUGUUCAUUACCAACCUGAUGGAUCCUACUACACUGUCAAUGUCUCUCUACCUGCUGUACACAAUGGUAACAUGCUACCUAAGACGGGCACCCUCGAGGUCCUACAUCAAAAGAAGCAGGAGAUAGAGUCUCAACUUCAGAAGUUAGAGCAGAAACCACAAAACAAUCCACCCGCAGAACAGUACCAAAGUGGGCACCCCCAGGCUUCAAGAGCCAUGCCUCCAGGAACAGAAAGACGUGGGUCAAAGGUGGAUUCUAACACACAUAAUCAGUCGCCUUUGUUAAAUCAGGAAGAUGUUAUGACGACAGAUGAAUGUGUACGUUCAUUUAGCGAUAGUCAGAUGAGCAGCCAUCUUGUGACAUCAUUACAGGCGCAGCUACAGAUUUCAGAGAGCAGGGGCAAUGAACCAUCAUGCACAACAUCAUCCAGGGGCAAUGAACCAUUCUCAAGUACAUCUACAGUUGACUCUGCCCUUGAAUUUAUGAGUAACGAAGCCCCCGAUUAUCAGCCAUGGACAAGCGGAAUUGAUGCAAGUAGGAUACUUGGCACAAAUAGUUCUCGGGGCUCAAAGGAUUCAACCUUGACCUCAAGUGCGAGAGAGCCAAGGACUUUGUGGAAGACUGUAUCUUCAACGCGGUCAUCAAUAUUGUUUGAGUCGGAAGAUGAUUUCAUCCCAUUCAACCCUGAUGCUCCGUUUGUGUCUCGCUACGGCCCUAUCUCAAGACACGCCAAGGCUAAGAUGAAGUACACUGAGCCUGUCCAAGUCACUGCUGACCUGGAGCUUGAUACAAAGCCCACUAUGUUGGUAUCCAAUGAAAGGCCACAUGCUAUUGCUAGUCAGGUUCCAACAUAUUUUCCGAUUCAACGAGUUGAAACAGGAGGUGAACAACCACAAUACACCAUGCACAUACCUCAUAAUGCUAUUCUACCAUACAACGCACCCCAGAUUCAACCCAUGGACAUGACGCAACAUGGGAAUGAUGAUCAUAGUGCAAAGAUAAACCAAAUGAAUGUGGCAGGUGUAGGUGGGUCAACAGCUGAGACAGAACAUAUACGUUAUGAAGAAGAGUUGACAAAGAAACAAUUAACACAAGAGUUGAAUCAAGUAAAGCAAAGCAUCAACAUUGAGAAGCACCAGAUUCAGCAACAGCAGACAAUGAACAAUAUGCAGGCCAUGUACCAGACCCCAUAUGGGGGAAUAGUAAUCCCUGCUCAAGAUGACCAUGGUAUGCCUGUUCAGCCUGCGGAGAAUGAGACAUACAUGAUGUCUGCUCGUCAACCCCAGGUGUUUCAUCAGAGUCCGGUCCCUAUGUAUCAACAGCCUGUGGAAUAUGCUUACACUGGAAAUGGUGAUAUGGUUUUGGUGAAUCAUGCUCAGAUGAUGCAGCAGUUUGACCCUGAUCAGGCCCAGAAUAUGGCAGUUCAUGAUGCCAGGAAUAGAGGCUACAUGCAACAUUAGGGCCAGGAAUAGAGGCUAUAUGCAACAUUAGGGCCAGGAAUGGAGGCUACAUGCAACAUUAGGGCCAGGAAUGGAGGCUA